GGCGUAUAUACGGGGACUUCAAAUAUGGCGUCCUUUAUGAAUUAGACAGUCGCCCUGUACAAAGAAAGAGUAAAGUUUAGUCAAUUAAACUAUUUAGAGCAAAGUCAUGGAUGAUACAUCAGAAAAGGAGAAAAAGACAUCAGAACAAAAUGAGAAAGAUCAGGACACAGCCGGAAAGAAGACUCCCAAACAAGGUAAACCAGGAAGUGGAAAAAGAGUGUCCAGCGGUCAAAAAAGUCCUAAAGGUGGAAAAGCGGAGAAAGGCCGAGCGACACCAUCCAAGGGGAAUGCAAAGACAAAAGCAGCAGAAGACAAGAAAGUGGAGGAUGCACCUCCUGCAGAGGGAGAGGGAGAAGAAGGCAUUCCGGAGGGAAUGGUGGCCCUGUUCUUAUCAUCCAAAUCACAGGAGAUUUUCCACUGCCGAGCCGACCAAGAUGUGACUGAGGAAAAUCCGAUCAAAAUCAUCACGAAGCAGGAAAUUCUGGACGAUAUGCGUAAUAGGGCUGCUGUGUGUGACUUCCACCCCAUAAAACAGGAGGUCAUAGAUUAUCCCUCGGAUGAAAUUUUGGUGGUGUAUGAUUUUGACUUUAAGUUUGGACAGAAUUUUUAUUGCGCCAUUACAGAGGAAGCCAAAGAGAAGUUCCUAAAUCCCCAGGGACCAGAUGGUGGGGAAGGAGGAGAUCAAGAAGAGGAAAUGGUAUACACAUAUAUCCCUCCGGAGCCAAAGGACUGGGUAUCGCUAGGCAGCGAGAAAGAAAUCAAGGAGGAGAGUGUCACAGAGAACAGACGGAGGCUAAAAGUAUCAGUGAAGAGAAUAAGGCGAGAGUUUGGGGCACCCUACAGCUUUAAGGAUCGCAACGUAGCGGAUGCUAAGGAUGGCUGUAUUGACUGUACCUCCUUUGAUGACCGAACUUUUGACCUAAAAAAGAUUGAACUGGACAAAUGUAUUCAGUCUAUCCCCGACUUUACGGACAUGGGGACCCAGACUGACUGGAAAUACCCCCGUAAUGCCUGUACCCAAUACCAGCCCAGGGAGUUCUCACAGAAAGAAAAGGAACAGCUGGAAAACUCCAAAAACCUCCAGACAUCGGCAGAAUCUGUCACACCAAGAUUUAAGUUGGCCUUACAACAGAAUGAAAUCAUGGACGUGUUCUACAUUGAUUGGCUCCAUCUCGGGAAUGCUGAGGAAAACUUUGGCAACAAGUCAGAUAACCACCUUAAGGAAUACCAGUCUUUCACAGAUCUUCAGUUUAGCAAAGAAAAGAGCAUCACAUGUAUACAAUGGCAUCCCACGGUCAAAGGGGUUGUCGCUGUGUCGGUGGCAGAAAAAAUGACAUUUGAUGAGAGAAUUGACUCAGCAGCCAAAGUAAUAAUGACUCCCUCUCUGAUCCUCAUCUGGAGUUUUGCAGAUCCCAUACAUCCCCAGUUACUGCUGGAGGCUCCUGAUGACAUCUACAGCUUCCAGUUCAGUCCGUCCGAUCCCAACAUUAUAUGUGGUGGAUGUUACAAUGGACAGGUGGUAUUAUGGGAUAUUUCUGCCCACGCUGACCGGCUGAAGCAACCUCGAGGAGGAAACAGAAACAAAAAAUCGAAUGUGUUGCCUGGAUUUGAGGAUCCCAAUGCCCUGAAGACUCCAAUAGUGCGAUACUGUGCAGUAUCCAGCAUAGAGAACAGCCAUCGAGCAGCUAUCACUGAUGUACAGUGGGUCCCAGAUCACAUGGAGGUCAAUAGAAUGGGUGUACCCCAGGAAAACAAGUCAAUGCAGUCCUGCCAAGUCAUGACCUGUGCAGCAGACUACAGUAUCCUUUUCUGGGACACAAGGCCCCCAAAAGGGCCAGGCCAACUCAACCUCAUCCCUAAAGUUGAGAAAGAAGACAAAUCCCAGCUGGGCGUUCCUACAACAUUUAAACAUUUGGAUCUGUCAUGGAAACCCAUGUUGAAGGUCCAUCUGCACAAAUCCGAGCCCGGGGGAGACCACAGUCCUGUCAAGUUCUCCAUUCAGGAGAAGCAGGGAGACAGACGAGCUCUGUCCAAAGCAACAGAUGCCACAGACAUGAGCCGGGAGAAUGCAAUGGGCGGCGGUUUUUAUUCAAACAAACCCGGGUCUGGCAAAGACAAGAGGACUUUACAGAGUGUCAAGACUCAUUUCUAUGUGGGGACAGAGGAUGGAGAGGUGGUGUAUGUGGACUGGAUGCCAGUGAAAGAUCAGGACACAGGGAAAAUUGUCACUCCCAAGCCUGAUUUCUACCAUGCCAUCCAUGACGGCCCAGUGAACACGGUUCAGCGAUCACCAUUCUUCAGUGACAUCAUUUUGUGUGUAGGAGGGUGGACAUUUACUGUCUGGAAGGAAGGCGUCACAGAGGACAUAUCUGAGAAUAAGAAGAAAACGGGUCCCAUUCUGCAGUCUUGUGCUAAUCCUGUCAAACUGACCACUGGUCAUUGGUCUCCAUCACGACCCUCGGUUUUCUUCAUUGCUAAGCAUGAUGGGAGCGUAGACGUCUGGGACCUCCUGGAUAAAACACACGAACCAACGCUGACACAGAGCGUGUCCCCAUCAGCCAUCACCAACAUAUACCCCUUCCAAGUGUCGCAGAAGCAGCAUUUAUUGGCUGUGGGAGACCAUGCUGGGACAUUACACAUCUUGGAGAUUCCAUGGAGUUUAAGACAACCCACACCUAACGAGGUUUCGGGGAUCUCUAACUACUUCGAGCGGGAGGUAAAGAGGCGUUCGUUUGUUGUGAUGAGAUGGGACUUCAGGGAGAACGAGAAGCGAGAAAUAGAACAGGAACAUAAGAGGAAAGCUGGGAUUGCUCCAAAUGUAGUACUGACUGAUGAGGAGAUUGAGUACAGGCUGAAACAGGAGUACCAGGCAUAUAUCGACGAAGAGUCGGCCUUCCUGCGGGAACUAGGACUGCUGAAGGAAGAGGAUGACCCCCUUCCAGAGACAUGAUCCCCUCGACACAACUUCCACUGUCCCUCGUACAAAACUGUGAUACUGACCAAUCAUGCUACUCUCCAGUUCUCACAGAGAAUCUGGUCUUAUUUUAUGUGCACUCUGUCACACUAUGGACUGUGUUAAUAGUGAAUGAUUGAUAUUUUGUUUUAUGGCUACCUGAAUAUUUAUUGACAUCUUGUAAACAUAUUUUGUUCAAUGUACUGACAUUUUGCAAAUGCUAGUGAAGUAUGUAUCUGUUUAAUAUCUUAUUAUUGAUUGAAAUAGAUAUUCAAUAUUGUUAAA